CAGCUUGAGUCAGCGCGCCUUUACGCUAAAUGCUGAGGAGAGCACUCGAUUCCGGCGAGGAGCAGGCUGGCGGGACAGGGUCGCCCUUUCACGCAUUCUUUUGGGAAGAGACGCGAUUGCGAAACUCGGGCGAAUUUGAAGUGCACACAAAUCAAGGACUAGAGGACGACCAUUCUCCAUAAAGACAACAAAAGCUACACGCUGACCUUUUACGGCAAGCGAGACCUCGGCUGCAGUUGCGCUCAGACGAUUCAAUUUUCCGGUUGCAUUUUCGCGUCUAAACCUGUCUUAACCUGCGAGAGAACCCUACCCUCCUUCUAAUCGAAGAAUCGACAACUUAGUCCUUGCUUCUCGCACAGGACCAGUAUUUACCUCUGCACGGAGAGGGAGAGCAUCGACGUCAUUGUAGAGGACUUUUUUUUAAUUAUUUCUAAACGUCUUCUGUGUGAAUAUGCGCGUUCAGUCAGCGUAGUGGAGUUUGGAGACAGUGAUUUAACCAGCAUCGGGCCGCCAGCGACUAGAACCGAAAACCAUCUCUUCAGACCGUCUCAAAAACGGACGUUUGAAGGCAAACUGAAAAUAUUUUUGCAGUGAAAGUACCGAAGUACCAACAAAAUGCCUCUCGCGCAACUUGCAGAACCCUGGCCCAAAAUGGAGCUGGUCCAGCUCGAGACUGAGAAUGGACAAAGCACCACAGAUGAUGGAGUCACAUCUGCAGACAAGGACAGCUCUGAACUCUCCUGGGUAGAGAAGGAUUUUGCCAAAUUAGCUAUCAAGGAAGAUGACGUCAUCAAGGAGAUCAACAUCACUCACGUGGUCAAGGAGGGCUCGGAGAAGGCCGAUGCCUCACAGUUUGAGCUGCUCAAGGUGUUGGGCCAGGGCUCGUUUGGCAAGGUGUUCCUCGUGCGCAAGGUGACCCCACCUGACGACAACCAGCUGUACGCCAUGAAGGUGCUCAAGAAGGCUACGCUGAAGGUGAGAGACCGAGUCCGAACUAAAAUGGAGAGGGACAUCCUUGCUGACGUCAACCAUCCUUUCGUGGUGAAGCUCCACUAUGCCUUCCAGACAGAAGGAAAGCUCUAUCUUAUUCUGGACUUCCUCAGAGGAGGAGACUUAUUCACACGUCUCUCGAAGGAGGUCAUGUUCACCGAAGAGGACGUUAAAUUCUACCUGGCAGAGCUGGCCUUGGGAUUGGACCACCUUCACAGUCUGGGCAUCAUCUACAGAGACCUCAAACCUGAGAACAUUCUGCUGGACGAAGAGGGACACAUCAAACUCACAGAUUUUGGUCUGUGUAAGGAGGCCAUUGACCACCAGAAGAAGGCCUUCUCAUUCUGUGGUACUGUGGAGUACAUGGCUCCCGAGGUGGUGAACAGGCAAGGGCACAACCACAGCGCCGACUGGUGGUCGUACGGGGUACUGAUGUUUGAGAUGCUGACCGGGUCCCUGCCGUUCCAGGGGAAGGAUCGCAAGGAGACCAUGAACCUGAUUCUAAAAGCGAGGUUGGGGAUGCCACAGUUUCUGAGUGCUGAGGCCCAGAGUCUCCUGAGAGCUCUGUUCAAGAGGAACCCAGCAAACAGACUGGCAUCUGGGCCUGAUGGUGCAGAGGAGCUCAAGCGGCACAAUUUCUUUUCCACCAUCGAUUGGAAUAAACUGUUCAGGCGAGAGAUCAAGCCGCCGUUCAGGCCAGCCGUGGCCAGACCCGACGACACCUUUUACUUCGACUCCGAGUUCACCUCUCGGACACCCAAAGACUCUCCUGGUGUUCCUCCGAGUGCCGGCGCCCACCAGCUCUUCCGGGGGUUCAGCUUCGUCGCCACAACACUCUUGGAGGAGGAGCCAGAGGAACCUCCCCCGCAGCCUCUGCACCCUGUGGUCCAGCAGCUGCAUGGGAAGAGCAUCCUGUUCAGCGACGGCUACGUGCUGAAGGAGGACAUCGGCAUGGGCGCCUUCUCAGUGUGCAAACGCUGCGUCCACAAGACCACCAACACUGAGUAUGCCGUCAAGGUGAUUGACAAGUCCAUGACUGACCCCUCAGAGGAGAUUGAGAUUCUACUGCGGUACGGCCAGCAUCCCAACGUCAUCACACUCAAGGAUGUGUAUGACACUGGUAAAGAGGUAUAUCUAGUGACUGAGCUGAUGAGAGGCGGCGAGCUCCUGGACCGUAUCCUCAAGCAGAAGUUCUUCUCCGAGAGAGAGGCCAGUUCAGUCCUACACACCAUCACCAAGACUGUAGAGUACCUACACUCACAAGGGGUGGUGCACAGGGACCUGAAGCCCAGCAACAUCCUGUAUGUGGAUGAGUCGGGGAACCCCGAGUCUCUGCGCAUCUGUGACUUCGGCUUUGCCAAGCAGCUGCGGGCCGACAACGGCCUGCUCAUGACCCCCUGCUAUACCGCCAACUUUGUCGCACCAGAGGUUUUAAAGCGGCAGGGCUACGAUGAGGGAUGUGACGUCUGGAGUCUGGGAGUCCUGCUGUACACCAUGAUCGCUGGCUUCACUCCAUUUGCUAAUGGUCCAGAGGAUUCUCCAGAGGAUAUCCUCAACAGGAUCGGCAACGGCUCCUUCACCCUCACAGGGGGCAACUGGGACCACGUGUCCGAGGCCGCCAAGGACCUGGUGUCCAAGAUGCUGCACGUGGACCCCCACCAGAGGCUCACGGCCAUGCAAGUGCUGAAGCACCCCUGGAUCGUGCAGCGCGACAAACUGCCCAACAGCCAGCUGCAGCACCAGGAUGCCAAACUAGUCAAGGGGGCGAUGGCAGCAACCUACUCAGCGCUGAAGAGCUCUCAGCCCCCACCUGAGCUGAAGCCCAUCGAGUCGUCCUUCCUGGCACAGCGACGCGUCAAGAAGCUUCCCUCCACCUCUCUGUAGAGAAAGAGAGAGAGAAAGAGAGAGAGACACGUGGACUUACUGCACUCACAUACACACACAGACACACACAUGUUCAUGUACACUGAUACACAUCGUAUAAAUGACUGAGGACGUGUCCUUCACAAAAAACAUUACCAGCUGAAGCAAGGGGUACCACCCCCCUUUCUCCAAGACACCCCUGUUCCCUGUCAUCAGUAGCCUAGUUGGGAGGGGGGGCUUCAGAAAAUAGCCAAGGACUGGGUACUGGGGGGUUAUUGAUGCCGAAUGUGUUGUGAUGUGGUGGAAAGACGUGAUUGGCUGUGAUUUCCUGUUCUGUGCCUGACUGUGCAUGCCGAGAUGGAGCGAUGAUCCAACCCAACCCCAGACCACACAAGCAAGCACACUGGUAUUAUUCCUAGGUUUACCUUAUUAUUGUUAUUGUUGUUAUUAUUAUGAAUGUGCUUGCUCAAGCACACAGCGUUCCAAAGUAAUGCUGUAUCUUAAAGAAUGUCUGUUCAUCUUCUCAUCGGCCAUGUUCCCCUCAGUCACGCUAAGGUUGGAUAUCGUCUUUUUGCUUGUCCAUCUGUAAAUGUAGUCCUCCAUUCCCUGUGCCCGUUCCUCCCCCGGCUCCGGUCACCUCACCCCUGACUCUGUCCGACUGGUUUCAAAUUCCUUUGAAUUGGCCUGUUUUCUGGAGAUCCGAUAUCUCAGUCUCGUCAUUUUCACACUCCGCUUCCCUCCCACCUCCCCUUAUUCGCACGGCCUCUCAGAUCGAGAUCCGCAAGGGCUCCGUCUGGUUCUAGGGUUCUAGGCGUCAGCUGAGCGGUUCUGUGAGCACUUGCCUCCGCUUCUUAGAGACUGUUGCACUGCACAGGUUUAUGAUGUGAACCUUGCAGACCACUGGAAGGGGAAGGGGGCACUUGGUUUCGUAUGGGGGGGAGGGGGGUUGACUGUUGAGAGAUUUGGAGUGUGUUCUGCAUGGUCUUGUCCAGCUUGCUUCGCCGCGUCGCCUUUUCCAGGUCAGUGCUUUUUGCUUGCUGACCUUAAUGGGCUUCGGGUUAGAAAAAAUGCAAAGUGUCUCCUGAUAUUUUUUGUCCAAAAAAAGAGAUUAAAAUAAAGUCUGCCAUAUGGUUUCCAGUGGCAUACAUGUGGCAUG